UGUUGCGGAACAGAGCGCUGUCCUCUUGAGAAGUACAGUGAAUUUGAGAAUUUGAGCCAAAAAGGCAUUUAUAAUCCAUAUCCUGCCUUUGUUCACUUAUAUAACUGGGUCAGUAUGGAAGAGGCAGAACUGGUAAAGGACCGACUCCAAGCAAUAACGGAUAAGAGAAAAGUCCAAGAAGACAUUGUUCAUAAAAAGCUGGAAAUAGACAAGGAGAAGUUAAAGCUUCAGCACUUAAAGAAAAAGUCUCUGAGGGAGCAGUGGCUCAUGGAUGGAACGAGCAACCAAAGCUCCCAGCAGAGAGAGACUUUGAGGGGAGAUCGACAACAAACUAAACUCCUUCAGACCAGCAUCCACAGGAUUGAGAAAGAGAUUGAGGCUCUGGAGAGGGAAGAGACAAUGAUUUCGAAAAAUGAGGGCUUCAUACUGAAGAGGCUGAAAGCUAUCGAGAAAACACCUGAGGAGAUAAUAAAGGAAGCAAAGGACAAUUUCAAAGAAGAGCCAAUCCAUAUCAACCCAGCUACUCCAGAUGCCCCAAAGUCCUACAAACCUCCAAUCUCAAAGAAGCAGUCCUUUGAAUCUAAUAAGGACACACCCAAACAAACCAUGUUUGCCAUGGAGAUCAACGUCCAGAAGGAUCUCCGUACCGGGGAGACCCGGGUCCUGUCCACAUCCACCGUCACCCCCCAGGUGCUCCAGCAGAGAGGGGUCAAAGUCUAUGACGACGGCCGCAAGUCUGUCUAUGCCCUGCGGUCUGACGAGUCUCAGCUGGGGGAUGGUUCUAACAGAGUGGACGAGCUCAGCCCUAUGGAGGUGGAGGUUCUGCUCAGAGCAGCUACAGAGCAGAAGAAGUCUCAAAGCGGCCCACGUUGCCUCCAAGGCCAUCAGGAAUCAGUGUCUGCAUUCUCCACCAACUGUGGCCCACAGAGCCACCAGAAGCCAACAUUGCCUGCAUUCUCCACCACCAGUGGAUCUUGGCGCCACCAUGAGUCAGUACCUACAUUCUCCAACCCCCGUGGCUCUCGGGGCCACCAGGAGCUCAGCCCUAUGGAGGUGGAGGAGCAGCUCCGAAAGGGUACAGUGCAGAAGAUGCCUCAAAGCGGUGCUUUCCCAAAAGACCACCGGGGCCACCAGGAAUCAGUGCCUGCAUUCUCCAACACCUGCAGCAGGAGGGCCUCAGUCCCCAACAGACCCCAACAGAGUCAUGCUAAAGUCAUCCACGAAACCAAUGGGAACGGGUAUCAGCAAGAGUCGUAUAAGCAUGAUGUCCUCUCCAGGAAGGAGCUCCACUAUAUUGACGGAGUCCACAACUCAGAGCUGGAGAGUCUUUCCUCCUCCCCUCACAUUCCAGUCCAUUCUUUCAUUGGCAGGCAGGAUGAGGAGUACUACCAGUCAAACAAUGGGUAUAACCAGAAUCCUUUAUCCUACGGUGUGGAGAAAGGGUUCCCCACCGACGACUCCUACCAUAGCCCUAGAGAGAUCCAGCGAAGCGGGAUGUUUUACGACUCAUCUGUUGAAAUGGACCAGAGGCCGUCCCCGAUCUACCAGGAAGACUCGCACUUCAGUAUCCUUAACACCAUGGACACGUCCGAGCCUGUCACCGCCAUCUUUAUGGGCUACCAGACCGCAGAGGAUGACAGUGGACGUGGCCUUGGCUAUGAAGGAUCCAUCCGGGCCGAGCUUGUCGUCAUUGGCGACGAGGAUGGGGUGGACGAGAGUAACCCUCAGUUGUACACCUACACCGCGGAUGGCUAUAACAACCGGGGCUACCAUCACUGUCAACCUCAACAGAACUUAAUCAAAUACAUGGCAGAGUCCACAGCUAAUUUUAACUCAAACAAUGCAUCACCGUACACAGCAUCAAGGAAUUUGGUCUAUCCUGGUCAACUGGCCAAAGAGUCACACUGCCUCUAUUCAGACGGACAGUCCGACGAGGACGGGACAGAGAAGCACUUUGCCCCAGGUAUCAGAAAGAUUAAAAAGAGAACAAAGCCCUGCUGCACGCUCAUGUAACCAACCUGCAAUUGCUGACACUACUGUAACUAACAAAGUUCACUUUAUAUGCUUUGACUGACAGUACUUUUGAGGUCUUUCAUUGGCUAGUGUGUUGAACUGUGUGCUGAUUACUUGGCUUCUUCGCUGCAUCAGUUUCUCUUUGUCGUAGCCAUUGCAACACAGACUGACCUGAAACUCAUUCUAAUCACAAUUUAUCACUGUAUACAUACAUAGGGAUGUUGUGUAUCCAUGCGAGAGCUUGUUUUGAUGAUUGAAGUCAAACUCUGCCUUUCUCUAGUGGCUGAGAGGCAUUCUGCCUCCCUCUGAUGUCUGAGAGGCAGUUGUACUGUAUCUUUGGUUCUCUUUUAAUUAUUUGUUUCAAUAUCUCACAUGAAGGAUUCUCCAGAAUCUCAUAAGCUUGAAGAACCAUUUACAAACGUCUGUCGGAGACAAAUGAGGUGAGCCCCUCCCCUCAUACUAAAGACCUACUUGCCUGCCCUCUGGUAAUUCUCACCUCUCUUCCUCAUGUAGAGUACUACUCUAAGCUCUCCUUAGCACAACUUUGUUUUCCUGUUCAACUGUUCGUAGGUGUGCUGUGAUGUUACGCCCCCAAGCGCAGGUUUUUCAGCUUUCGUCUUCUGUGUUGGGUGACUUUUGGUUAGGAAUGAGCUUUUCCGCUUUUUCUUCCCUUUGUCUCCUGUGGUGGAUACUGAGACUUGGCUAGCUUAGCUGAAAGGCUUAGCUAACCUGGCUAGCUCACUGCAAGGCUAGUUAUCCUAACGACUGGUUUUUCUACUGACUGGUUUUUCUACCUGGAAGGGUACAAUUACUAGCUCGCUCUCUUGUUUAGCUCAACCCACUACCGUGCCGCGUUGACUAGACCGACCAUCCUAGCUUUCACUGCUUAUCGGUCGAGAUCUAACUAGCUAGGCUACUAACCCACAAGGAAAAUACUAGCUACGUUCACAUUGUUAAAGGAUUUGUUUCUCCGGUUAGUGUGAGGCUAUUAGCCCACGUGGCGAACGCUAGUUAUGUUUCACUUUGUUCUCAGAUUAGCUGUUUUUUUGGAGCCAUGGAGCCAAACAAGGGUGGAAGAUCCCCAAUCAUGUGCCCAUGCAGAUUAGAUGGUUUAUUUGUCACAUGCACAGGAUCGCAGAUAUAAUCGUAAGCAGCGCGGGGGGGGGGGCUGCCUAAUGGCUAUUCAGCAGCCUGAUAGUCUUGGGGUAGAAGCUAUUAGCCAAUCCGACAGUUUUUGACAUGAUACUAAUAUACUGCCCACAUCUGAGUGAUGGAAGAGGGGAGAACAGGCCUCGGCUCAGGUGGCUGAUGUCCUUGAUGAUCUUCUUGGCCUUCCUGCAACACCUGGUGUCGUAGGUGUCCUGGAGGGCAGGCAGUCAGCACCCAAUUGUGCAUUCGGCUGAGCGUAUCACCCUCUGUAGAGCCUUGUUGCCGUUAGCUCUAGGCCCUCUUCCGCCCUUAGUGGGGCAUCGCUAGCUGAUUCCAGGGGCGCCAUUCAAGGCUGUGACCAUUAGCCUUGCAGUGAUGUGGGAGAGAGUCUUGUGGCUCAACUUGACCAGCCUGUCGGACAAAGAAAGCAGAUGUCUUUGAUGCUCCUGUCAAGCUGAAGGAACUGUAGACCUGGGAAUUGUGUCCACCCGGCCUAUCCCUGGCAAGCUCUGGGUAGCGGAGAUCAUUCUCCUGCUGUACAACGAGCCCUGGCAUCUCCCGUUUACGCAGGGAUCUGCUGUCCCAGGUGAACGAAGAGAUUUUCCACCCUUAACCGGACAACAUGGCGCUCUGGGCCUGGCCAAUGAGAGGUUACAUCUGGAUGGGACAGGCCUGCCUAUCAGAGUCAUUGAGACUAUCCAUAGUGCUAGAGUUCCUUCUACACGCUCACUGUAUAGAAACAAGAUAAGAUAUACUUUAUUAGUCCAUACGUGAUGGAAAUUUGUCUUCUGCAUUAACACAACCCCUCCAAUAUACACACAAACACACAUUAGGUUGGAAAGGCUGGAGCAGAAGGCAUUUAUUGAAGGGGGCCUCCCUGCGAGGGGAGACCCCUCUCUCGACAAGGGUUAUCAUAUUGGAUUGUGGAAGCUAUUACAUUGGCCUAUAAUAAAUAGCAAAGGGUUACAGCCUCUGUAGGGCCUGAGGGCUCACUCCACCAGAGGUAGAGAUCCAGAAUUCUAAAUAAUAUCACGGGUCUGGGUCGGCUCUGAUAUGAUCGUCGCGGGUCUCUAGUACGUGUAAUUUUAACUGACUUGUCCGGAAGGGCCCAUACAGAUCCGAAUGUGACUGUUGCAGUAGAGAGAGAAAGAAAAGUUGAUGUUGUUUAUGCUGCUGCUCUUGCUUUUCACGAGAGUGGGAGCGUGGCGCACGUAGCUUGUUGUUGGCCAAUCAUAAGUCAUCAAAGCGGCAAUAGGCUACAGUCAUAGAGCCUCGCUCCAUGUGUGGCAAAAGUUAGGAGAUAUCUAAUAAAUGGAAGAUGGAAUUAAAAUGACUGAAUUAAAAGUUAAAGGAGAAGGAUAGGCUACAACGAUCAAGAGCCAAAAGACUGCUACUUAAUAUUCUGAAUGGAGUUAUUAUUUUUAGCAGUAGGAUGAGAAAGUGCAUGCACUCAGAUAGCCUAGCUAGCUAACGUUAGCUAGCUUCACUAGCUUCUCCCGGUUUGAUACAGUCUAAGACAGGUACUACGUAAUCAUAUUUGAUGAUAAAUAACCUAGAUAUGGCAGCUAUUAAUCUACUAUAGCACGAGUCGGCUUAGUUGGUUUGGUUGGUUGCUGUCCCUUGUCUCUCCCUUCCUGCUCCCCAUGUCACUCACUCACAGUACGGCCCACCUCUCUUCCUCUUGCGCUUUAUCAGCUCCGGUUAAUAAAGUAGCUUAAAAAAUUACUUUUGCUGCUGCUUCCCUCUCUCGAACCGGGUCUGGAUCCGACCAUGUCUAUAUGGAACAGGUCUAGUUUUCCUCGGGUCGCUUUGGAGCGGGUCUCUAUAUUUUUAAAAUGCAUUUAUGCAUAGCGGGUCUGGGUGGGAAAGCCCCAGGUCCAUUUCGGAAUGGGUCCAACUUUUUGGAGCCGUGAAGACCUCUAACCAGAGGUAUGGCUACUUUUUGGGCGCUGUUCAAGGGCAUCUCCUUACAGGAGAUUUGCGAUGCAGCUCGUUGGGCAUCCCUUCAUAAUUUGACCUGUCUCUCUCCGACAGACGUGUUUCAUUGGUUCUUAGAGCUAAUGAGAUUCCGGGGAAUCCCUCGUGAUAUAUCUCACUCAUAAUAUCAGAGAACCGGGGUUACGCAAGUAGCCUUAAGUUUCCUACGUGAUGCCAAAGGGUUCUUGACUGCUUGUAUAAUAAAUAAAAUAUGAUAUGAUAUUUUUUAUGUUUAUUCCUUUUGGGGAACAAAGAUAAAAUUGACUUUUUUACUGACAUCAUGUAAAUCACUAGUGUGAAUGUAUAUUGCAAAUCAAAUUACGCUCUGACUAAAUAAUUGUUUUGUACUAAUUUAAUAUUAAUUAUUUGUGUUUUCUAGAAUCUCUUUUCUACAUUACAAUGCUGGUAUGCCAUGACUGUCCUCUGUAUACUUACAGUAGUAUGCAUGAUUGCUUGCCCUGUAACUUACACAAUAAUUUAUUCAUUAUUAGCUGGCUUACUCCUCUUGUGUAACAAUGAUCUGUUUGAUUGUGUGAGUGCAUGAGUGUGUGUGUGUGUGUGUGUGUGUGUGUGUGUGUGUGUGUGUGUGUGUGUGUGUGUGUGUGUGUGUGUGUGUGUGUGUGUGUGUGUGUGUGUGUGUGUGUGUGUGUGUGUGUACUACUGAACUCUUUUUGUGUAUUUGUUCAAUGUUUGCUUUAUAUAUCAUUAAUGCAUGUCAUCACACCGACACCACACACACACACACACACACACACACACACACACACACACACACACACACACACACACACACACACACACACACACACACACACACACACGCCCAUGUGUCCAACAACACUCUCACCCCAUGUGACAGACAUGCUAACAACCUCUCUGUCACCUCUCGUAAUCUUUCUGAGCACACAGACAGACAGUGGACGGUCUGGACCUUAAUGGUCUUAACGGUCCAGACAUCAAUCAGAUCAUUAGACACGGAUGUCUCCCGAACUAAUAUGCUUUUGACACAACUGAGGACAUACACCAAUCUUAGCUCACCAGUCGUGUGGUUGGUUCAGACAGUCUUUUUCCUAACAACUGUGUCUGCUUGGUGAGUAGGCUAUGGGAAGGUGGGUAUUACCAAACUUCACGGAAAGUUGAGGUGCGUUCAGUUCUCUUCAACGUCUACUACGUUGCGUGACCGUGUGGUCAAUAUGCCCCACCAUAUGGUAACUGCCCUCUGGGCCACCAUAAUCACAACCUGUUUUUAACUGGGCUCUUCUCCCAUUUCCAUUGAAUUCAACGUUGCACACCGUUCUGUCAUACUGAACACAACCCUGUCCCAUACUUUUGUCAUGAGGUUAUUUUCAGGAGUCACAUUAAUAUAAACAUAGCACAACUAAUCUGAAGUAGUCCUAACUGAUGUGAUUUGAGGUGAUAUGGUAAAUGUGUUUCAUUUUCUUUUACAUUCCCCACAGCUUCAAGUACAAGUAUGGAGAAACCUGAACAGCUUGUGUAAAAAUACACCAUGCAAGACUCAGCAACCUUACAAGUUCCACGACAAGAGAAGAAGAAAACAAACUUUGCACAAAACAUUCAACUAACAGUAAGAUGCUUCUGAGAUGGCAUCAAUAGCUAAAACCAGAGCCUUGUAUUUGGAUAAUUCUCAAUAUAUUCUCAAUAUAAGGAUGUGGCUAAUACUGUAAGACAUAUGUUUGCUCAUAAUGUUUCCUUACACAGCUGAAUAUAUACUAAUGAUGUCAUUUAGAGAGAAAGAAACCAGCCGAAAAGUAGACUUUUGAAAUUAUCUCUGAUCUUAAAUGUUAAAUGUUCCUGAAGAUAUACCGUGGGGCAAAAAAGUAUUUAGUCAGCCACCAAUUGUGCA